AAUAUUUUAUUCCAAAAAUUGGUAUAAAUACGUGUAACAAGUAGUCUUCUUUUGGAAGAACAAAUAAUAAGAAAAUAAACAAAAAACAGCUCAGAGAACUACAAAGGCGUAGAGAGAGAGAACGGCUUCACAAUGAACUCGGAUGAUAAAAAGGAGAAGGCAGGAGCACCCAUGUUAGCAGCAGAAGCACCAAAGUCAAACGCUGACAUGGAAACGCAGUCUCCUAACGGCGGCGGUCGAAAACGCAACCGCAAAAUCUAUAUCUGCGUCAGUCUCCUCAUCCUCCUCCUCAUCUUUAUAGUUCUCCUCGUCUUAGGCCUUACUCUUUUCAAACCCAAAAACCCAACCGCCACCGUCGACUCCGUCGUCGUGGAACGGCUUCGAACUUCCGUCGACGUCCUCAACCUCAAGGCCAACCUAAACCUAACGCUCCAAGCCCAUCUCGCCUUGAAGAACCCAAACCGCGUCGGUUUCAGCUUCGGCUCCACGUCGGCGUUGCUUAACUACAAAGGCCAGUUGGUCGGCGAGGCGCCGCUCCCGGCGAACAAAGUCGGGCCGCAGAAAACGCUGCAUAUGAACGUAACGCUGACGUUAAUGGCGGAUAGACUACUAUCCGAGUCGCAAGUUUUCAGUGACGUCAUGUCUGGUUCCAUCCCGGUCAACGCUUUUGUCAAGGUCGCGGGGAAAGUAAGCGUGUUCAACAUGUUCAAGAUUAAAGUGAAGUCGUCUGCUUCCUGCGAUGUGACCAUCUCUGUUUCGAGUCGCAACGUUACGAGUCAGCAUUGUAAGUAUUCAACCAAGCUGUAGUUUCCUUAAUCUAUAGUUCUAUACUUUUCUUAAUCUAUAGGUCCCAUGUAUUAUUUGCUAUAGAACAAAUAAAAACAAAAGGCAUUUGCCUUUUUCUCAUUUUCAUAUAGUCAAUGUUCAGAUUAAUCAGAUCUCAAAUUAUGCAGCACAGAAGCAGUAAGUAACACGUUGAGUCAUUACCAAUCAAUGUGUCAACGUAACAUAUGUCUAUGUUCUUAACUUUUUUCAUGUGAGAAAAAGUCCAAGAACAGCAAAUUAUCUGAUUAAUGCCAUAAUAAUAAUACAUAAUAAAUUUGUCAUGACCAAGCUUAAACGUUACCCCAAACGGUGCCUUGCUGC